AUGAAGCCAGAGUCAAGGCAGGCCCUAUUCCACGUGGCCAUGGCUGGCUGCUUCUGUGUGGCCACUGUCUACACUGGCGUUUUUGAGGAUGUCUUCGUCCAAGUGGGCUACGAGCACUAUGCAGAGGCCCCUGUGGCCGGCCUCCCUGCCUUCCUAACCAUGCCCUUCAACUCACUGAUCAACUUGGCCUACGUGCUCCUGGGAUGGUACUGGCUCCACAGAGAUGGGGGCACGCUGGGGCGCUCGGCAGAAGCACCGAGGGCCCGUUACCUGAAGGAUGUCUUCGCUGCCAUGGCCCUCCUCUAUGGCCCCGUCCAGUGGCUGCGGACUGGGACGCAGGCACACCCUGCCGCCGUGCUCGACCAGUGGCUCACCUUGCCCAUCUUCGCAUGGCCGGUGGCCUGGUGCUUCUACCUGGACAAGGGCUGGCGGCCCUGGUUGUUCCUCUCCAUUGAAUGCCUCUCUCUGGCCAGCUACUGCCUGGCCCUGCAGCACCCCUGUGGGUUUGAGGUUGCCCUAGGCAUGCACAUCCUGGCCGCUGUGGGGCAAGCCCUGCGGGCCCAGGCCCAGGCUGGUGGCACCACCUCAGGCACAUACCUAGCCCUAGGGGUGCUGUCCUGCCUGGGCUUCGUGGUCCUCAAGCUGUGGGACCACCAGCUUGCUCAGUGGCGUCCCUUUCAGCAGCUGACAGGCCACUUCUGGUCCAAAGUCUGUGAUGUCCUGCAGUUCCACUUUGCAUUUUUGUUCCUGACAAAUUUAAACAGUCACCAAAGACUCCCCGCUGAGGAGAAGCAGCUUUAA